GGCCCGUUUUCCUCGGUUGAAGCAGCGCUUCGAAUAUACUACUUACAAUACAUUUUACUACCGACUCCAUGAAUCCGCCGUAGACUUAAUCCAAGACGCCCACAGGUACCUUUUAAACUAUGUAUCUGCCACGCGAACUUAUAUCGAAACUCUAUACUCACUUACAGAACACUCGACAUCCACUAUCCCCUCCGGUCCUUAUUCUUGUCGCCCUUGAACCUGACGCCCUAUGUGCCUGUCGCAUCCUCACUCGACUCCUUAAGCAUGACUAUAUACCACACAAGAUCCACCCUGUCGCAGGGUAUGGAGAUCUUGAACGCGCAGGACAGGACCUUGUCAGCCCCAUGAUGGACACGCGUGGAGGGAGCGGAGGAGUUGUCGUGUGCCUCGGUGUGGGAGGUAUGGUGGAUAUGGGUACCAUCCUGGGACUAGAGGGCGAGGGCGAGGAACCAAGCUACAAUGGUGUUGAGGUAUGGGUAAUUGAUUCACAUCGACCAUGGAAUCUUGGCAACGUUUUCGGUGGAUUCCCCUUAGAACCAUCUUCCGAGCCAAGUGCAAGUUACCAAACACGUGCCCCCGAUGGCAUAACUUCUGGUCGAAUCGAUCGCUCCUACAAACCCGGAAAAGGUGGAAUCAUAGUAUUCGAUGACGGUGACAUCGAAGAGGGUCUAGAUACUGAACGAAAGGCGUACCUAUCGCUAAUCGACAUGCCUGAAAUAGAAGACAAUGGUGAAACAUAUGGGGAUAGCGAGUCCGAGAGUGAGGACGAGGUGGAGGAGGAGACUCCACGUCCUGGUAAAAAAAGAAAGUCUUGGUCGGAUCGGGACGAGAGUAGUGAUGAAGAAGAUGACCGGCCACGUCAGAGGAGAAGGAGUAAUUCGUCAACUCGAAUCUCGGACUCACCACAACGCCCGCCACAAAGGGGACUAUUAUCCAUACGAGAUCCCGAUGUUGCUAGGUCAGACGACGUGGAAGAGCCGCCUUCCGCCGCUCAACCGCCAAAAGGGCCAUCAGCUCGUACCCUUCGGAGGAGGCUAGUAAAGAUGCGUAAUGAGAACGAAGGCAUACUUCGGAAAUAUUAUAGGAUGGGAUCUUCAUAUUCUGAACCCAUUAGCGCCAUGGUCUAUUCUCUCGCGUCAGAGCUCGGUCGAGAAGAUAAUGAUCUGCUUUGGCUGACGAUCGUCGGAGUCACGUCUUUAGAACUAUAUGGCCGGUCUUCAGCCGGGCUCGCUGUGACAGUCCGAGGAUCAGACUCUAGACCGACAAAUGGCUGGAUGGGUAUCCGCGGUGCCCGGAUGAGGCAGCUCCUAAGGGACGAAGUAAGACGACUUAACCCGCCAGACAUCGCUACAAGACUACCAUCAGAUGGUGCUGGAAUUAUCCCUACUACAGCUCGGAGUCCCGAGGACACAAGUAUUCGACUAUCACCUGAACCCAGAUUCUUGCUCAUCAGGCAUUGGAGUCUCUACGAAAGUAUGCUACACUCGCCUUAUCUAUUCUCUAGGCUACGCAUUUGGAACGAGGGUGGCAUCAAGCGCUUACACAAGUUGCUCGCCAAGAUGGGUGUCAGCCUUGUUCAAUGCAAGCAGAGCUACACACACAUGGAUAUGAUGCUGAAGAAGGAGCUCCGUACAAAGCUUCUCAAAUAUGCUUCUUUAUAUAAUCUUGACGAUAUGGUACCUGCCGUAGAAACGGAUGGGAGAGAUCGGGGCGGCGCCAAAGAUGGAUGGGGAUUUGUCCGAAGUUGGGGCUGGCGUGCGACACUGAGUGCGCAAGAUGUAGGGGUGAUCAUCGGCGCUAUACUCGAAGUCGGCAAGCACAUCACUAUAGUAGAUGACGACGGUAGGCUUCGGGCAAGUCAGAUACAGGAAGCUGAGGAUGACGGCGGGAUGGCCGAAAUGCAAGAAUGGGUCACCCGGUUCUGGGAAGCAUACGAUGCACUUGAAAAUGUCGAUGCUCUCAAAGCUGGCCUACCUACAGCAAAAAUUCUUCAUCAAGCCAUUUUCCGGACUGGCUCUGCACUCAUCAAAAAGAAGCAGAUUAAACAUUUACAUGCUUUCCGCCUUUGCGUCAUUAAGGAAGGCUCGGACGUCCAUCUCUUCAGCCAUCCCGCUGCGCUUACGAAACUUGCUCUUUGGAUCGGCGAAGCUCUUGCCGAGCAGGAGAAAGAUGACAAGGGAAAACUAUCACACGGUGGACGUGGCACGCCUCUUGUUACGGCUAGCUUGAAUGAGAAGCGAGGCGUCUACGUAGUAGUCGGCACUGGCGGUGGCGGCGGGCCUGACCUAGCAUUCCUGGAUAAGGAAGCAACUAAAGAAAAGCGAGCGGCCAAAGAAGCCAAGGCCAAGGAACGAGAGCAGAAACGGCAGGCACGAGAGAUGAUAAAGGAACAAAAACGAGCCGCGAAGGCCGCUGCAGGCGAUGAGGACGAGGAAGACGAAGAGACAGAAUCUGAAGGCAGCGACGCGUCGGACUCAGACUCGGAGGACGAGGCUGAAGAACGAAGAGAGCGUGGCUAUGGAUUAAACAAAUUUGGCAGCGCAUUCCAAGACGUUGUCAAUGAAACGAAUGCCCGGGUGCGGAUCGACAGCUUCGAACACUGCGUUGUCGAGGUUCGGAAGGACGACCUCGGCGGUUUCCUAGAAAGCUUAAGUCAAAAGACCGUCGUAGGUUAACCAACUUAAUUUGAUUUUACGCCUACCUCGACGAAGCUGCUACGGAGCCUUACUAUGUGAUCCCAACUCUUGAGCUACAUGGCUACGAGAACCCCUUUCCGCCCCCUUC